AUGCCAUCGAUCAAGGAAUGCACGGUACUUGUUAUUGGUGGCUCAUCCGGAAUUGGUUAUGGAGUCGCGGAGAAGUGCCUUUUGGAGGGUGCAAAGGUCCAUAUAGCAUCUUCAAAUGCGUCUCGGGUGGGCAAGAGUGCUGUCGCUUUGAAACAAAAAUUUCCCAGUGCGGAGAUUACUGCACAUAUCUGUGACCUUGCUGGUGAAGACGUCGAAAAAAACCUGGAGCAUUUGUUUUACACCAUUGGCUCACUUGACCACAUCGUCUUCACGGCAGGCGACAAACUUGCCAUUCAACCUCUGGAAACCAUCAAUCUCCAUGCUAUCCGCCGGGCAGGCCAUGUUCGAUUCGCUGUCCCGCUCCUGUUAGCCAAGCUAGCCCCGCGUUUUCUCAACGCCGGUCCGAAGUCGUCUCUCACGUUAACAACGGGAGCUGGUUCGGAAAAGCCUUUUCCGAAUUGGUCGUUGGUUGGGGGGUAUCUGACUGGCCUUCAUGGAAUCACGCGGAAUCUCGCCUUGGACCUUAAGCCACUCCGGGUCAACCUGGUUAGUCCAGGGGUGAUCGCUACGCCUCUCUGGGGAUCUGAAGGGAUGCCAGAGAGUGUGAAAGAUUCUACGACCCUGGGCAAGGUUGGGACGGUCGAAGAAGUCGCCGAAGCGUACGUCUACCUGAUGAAGGAUACAAACGCCACGGGAGCCUGUAUUAGCGUCAACGCAGGAUCCCUUUUGCUGUAG